AUGUUUAGCGGAGAAGCACAAGAGAUUAAUGUAGACAGAAGCAGUAACAGUAGUAGUGGCUUAGAUGUGAAAACAGCAGUAGCAGUAGCAGCUGUAACAGUAGCAAAAGCAGCAGUAGCAAAGGAGGCAGUAGCAGGAGAAACAGCAGCAGCAGUAGUAGCAGCAGAAGCAGUAGCAGCAAUUGAAAUUGACAGUAACAGUAUCAGUAGUAGUAGCAAAAUCGUGAAUUCAGCAGUAGCAGGGGCAGCAGAGGACAUCCCUUGCAGGAGUAGUAGUAACGGAAGUAGCAGUAGCUGCAGUAUUAUUAGAAGCAGUAGAAGUAGCAGCAGUAGUAGCAGAAGUAGUACAAGUGGUAGUAGUAAAAUUAGUAGCAGAAGCAGCAGGCGUAGUAGUAUCAAAGGCACAAGUAGCAACAGCAACAGUAGAAGUAGCAGUAACAAUUGUACCAUAACCAAAAGUAUCAGCAUUAGAUGCAGCAGAUCCAGUUUAAGUAGAAGCAAUAGAGAAAAAGGAAUGGCAGAAGGAGUAGCAGCUGUAGCAGUAGUAGCAGCAGCAGGAGCAGCUGUUGUAAUAUAA